UCAAACAAAACAAGGCAUACCUCACUAACAUAUUCUGUAACAUGAAUGUUGAUGUCACCAACUGUGAUUAUAGAUGUGAUGACCGAGAGAAAGUAAGUAAACUACCCCCAGCCUCCCCUUUGACUCAGUCUAGCAUCGCAUCGCUGACGAUCGCUUAUUUUCCUACGCGCCCUGAACGUCGCUCCGGGUAGCGCUGCUGCAACAAUGGCCACCAUCUGUCAGAAAUGGAGACCGGACCGAGGGCGCUGCUUCAAAACCUACGGCCUGGGUUUCGUGUUGUUCUUGGACCUGGUCUUGCAGUGUGUUAAUGGGUACCUGAGCUCUCCUCACGUGGGCCAGGAGCCUCUCUACUCCAAAGACGCCCAGCAUGGACCCGUCAUCAGCAGCCCGGUGGUCCCCUCUGCAGCCCCAGUGUCUCCUGCAGAUGAAGAGAGCUACACUUCCAAAUGUCCUAGCGGGGGUUUGUGUAGUCGCCUGCCAGCUGAUUGCAUGCACUGCAAUUACCAACACAACUGCACCUACAGGAAACCAGCUUCCUUCACCUGUAAACCCAAAAAAGGAGUUCACUGCAUCGGAGAGUCGGGACAGCAGCAAACCAACUUCUCUCUCUCCAUCAGCUGUCAGUUCUGCUGGCAGCUGGACUCGUCCCAGUACCGCUGCUCAAACUCCACCAACUGCAUGACGGUGUCCUGCCCGCGCAAGCGCUACAACGCCACCUGUGACGUGUUGGACCAUGUGCAUUGUAUAGGUAGAAGACGUUUUCAGAAGCGUUUGUUUUGUAACUGGACUGGUGGAUACAAAUGGUCAACGGCCUUAGCACUCAGCAUUACGCUUGGUGGUUUUGGGGCCGACCGGUUUUAUCUGGGCCAGUGGAGAGAAGGUCUGGGCAAGCUGUUCAGCUUCGGGGGCCUGGGCAUUUGGACUCUGAUAGACGUUCUUCUCAUAGGGGUCGGUUACGUGGGACCCGCCGACGGCUCUCUGUACAUCUGAAGCGGAAGCCCCGGGAGACGUGGCUAUGGUGGUUUUCGUGUCCUCUUCCCCCGCCGCACCCCCUUCGCACCGCUCCGCCCUCAAAGAUCGAAGAUCUGAGAUGCUGUGUUCUUGGCACGUUUCUCCCGCCCGAGCUCGCUGCGCAACACGUCCUCAUCCCAUCUGCUAACUGGCAGGAAGUGUUUUCCUCAUUACACCAACGACGAGUCUACCCACACAGCCCAUCAGAUCGAUCCCAAUCAUUCGGCGUCCGUCUCCUGUUGAGACUCUGCAGAUGGAGCUGUGCACGGCGAUGAGGAGCCGGUCAUUAUGCCUUUCUGGUCGGUUUGACUCAACCGGUGGUUAGGCUCCGUCAUGCUGAUAUAUAGAUAGGUUCUCUUUCCCGCGGAGCAGUGCUUUUCACAGACAUCCUGCCACCUUGGAGCCAUGUGUCGCUCCUCCCUCAUUGCGAGGUAAAUGCGUCAAUGGGGGGGGUCUAAAUAGUAACCAUGGUAACAUCAGACAAAAGGGUAGUAUUAAUGUCCUGAAACGAAAGCAUGAAUAUGCAGAAGGGAAUUUGUUUAGGUAUUUUUAUUGACAGCAGACAGUUUGUCUUGUGGAAGAGUUCAACGUUAUUUUAAAUUAAUUAUUUCAUUUUUAUAUGAUUUUUUUUUUUUUCUCCCAACAUUGAGUCAGGCCACAACUGUAAGAACAUUGCCUUAAGGGUUAGAUAAAUAAUAUCAUUGCUUUAUGUGAGCUCAAAUCCAAUGUUGGAAAGUCAAAGUUCAUUGAUAAAUAAAUACAUUAGAGUUACUGUAUAUUCAAACUGGAACUGUUAGCUGUUAGAGAACCAGAAAGAAGUGCGGGGGUAAGAACUCUCAGUGCGGUCAUGACUUGCAGUAACAAGUUUUUUUUUUUUUUUUCGGGAAACGCAGAGAUAAUAAUCUCUUAACAGUGUGUGUGUCUGUACAUUUUGAAACGCUUGAAAUGUGUUGCACUAGAAAACUGCAGUCACUUGUGGUUUCCCGUGUUGGAGAUAUAUACACCGGAGAUAUAUCCAGUGCAUUCAGCUGGUAUUUUAUUUCCUCACUCAUUAUCAUUCUUCACAUUGUAAUUCUGUGUACCAACACUGUAAGGUUCUUUAUUCGAGACCGUGUGGCACAAAAUGGCCUCACCUCUCAAUUCAUGUAAAUAUGUUUUUCUGUUUUCAGUGUAAGGUCAACGGUUUCACACUGUAAAUGACGGUUUUUUGUUUUUUUAAGUUAUGUAAAUAAAAUUGUGAA